AUGACUUUGCGCAAUACCCACAGUAACUCCGAUGGCCACCAGGCUGGCACGCCGAUGGCUGCCCCGAAGGCUAAGCCAUCAACUGGGAAACGCGCUGGAAAGCCGCCCCAUCCCACAAAAGAGAAUACACCUGCGCCUGGCGCGCAGAGCCUUGCAAUAGGCGAUGCACCUGAAGACGGGAACUUCAGCAUGCAAGCCGGUGAUAACGUCCUGCCAGGGGGACUCAUACCCCGCGAAGUGGCACAUCCACAAGGGGAAAACGACGGCCGCGCUCCAGUCGCCGACAAGCCGCCCUCCCUCACCUACAGGUCCUCGGCCUCAACCAAGGCGACGCCUACCACGUCUCUGUCGGCCGCCGAUCUAGAACGCCGGGUCCAUGCUGCCACGAACAAUGCGCGAGGCUCCGCACCCACCGGCGGCCACCCCCCUCGCCCAUUCCGCCCUAACCCGUACUCCUACAGCGAAGCCUGCCGACAAGACGACCCCCCGCAGAAUGACCGUCCUGGGCCUGAUAAUCACUUCCGCUGCAACCCACCCUACCAGCGGGAGCAUUCCAUUGACCCGUACCAUGAUGCCCCACUGUACGAGGACGAGGGUGAAUUUUACGAUGAUCGACGCCCAGACACCCGCCGUCAGGGAGGCGGACGUCGCCGCUACUAG